AUGGCUUCAUCAUCGAAAAACCAAGAUAAAUUCCAGAUCUCCAACGUGCCCGUCGUGCUCGAAUGGCAAGAAGAACCACAACAUGGAGACGACGACGAUGCUUACCGCCAUCUGGGCCACACGCUCCCCGUGACGCUCGACGCCAAACUCGACCUCGCCAACGCCACGGCCUCGCUCAAACUGCGCAUCCUCCUCAGCCUCAAGGGCGCCGCCAAGCGCGUCCCGCUCUACCUCUUCAUCGACCCCCCCAGCAUCGUCUCCGCCUCCGCCUCCGCCUCCGCCUCCACUCCCACCGCCCCCCUCCGCCCACCCGUCCUCGACACCCUCACCCGCAAACACGCCUCCUCCACCCCCCUCUCCCUCACCUUCACCCUCACCCACCCCCCUUCCCUCAUCGCCCCCACCCCCACCCCGCCAACCCCGCUGACCGGCCCCUCCGCCGCCGUCCUCGCCUCCCUCCGCGCCGCGUGCCGCCGCACCGCCCUCACGCUGCACGCCCCCCGCGACCGCGUCCCCGCCGCCUACGUCGCCGCCCUGUCGGCGCACGCCAAGCCCGGCGCGCUCUCGGGCGUCCCGCGCGAGCGGGCCAGUCUGUACGGCGGCCGGGGCGGGAGCGCGGUCGACUGGGCCGCGGCCUCGUCCGAGGACGGGUGGGGGGAGCGCGGGGACGAGUCGCCGCCGUCGUACGACGAGUUGGGCGUGUUGCCGGAGGUGGAGCCGGUGGGGACGUCGGUGUCGGGGGCGCGGGCGGAGAGGGCGGAGAGGGCGCGCAGGAAGAGGGCGGGUACUUCGCCGGAAUCGGCGGAUCGUUGCACUCCGCCGCGGAAGAAGAGGGCGGCGGCGGCGGCGGGCGAGGGCGGCGGCGGGAGGAAGGCGCUCGCUGCGCCUGUCGUUGACGGUGAGAAGGUUGCGGCGCUGCUCGAGGUCGCUGGGGAUGGGUGGAACAGGGGCGUGGAUGAGCGCGUGGCCAUGUUGAGUGAGCAGCUGGAGGCGCUGAGGAAGGUUGUCGGUGGUGGUGGUCGUGUGGUUGGAGCGGCGGCGGCGGCGGGAGAUGAUGCGUCAAAAGUCGCCGCCGCCCCAGCGGACACAGGCGACGUCUGCACCCGUCUGGCACGGCUCGAGGCCGAGAUGGCGGCGGUGCGGGCGGAUGUCGCUGCUGCAAAUACGCGGUGGGAGGAGCUUGCUGAGCAGCUGCGCGAGCAAGCCAAGGAGGACAUGGAAAAGGUGCGAUGGUCUAUCGUGGAGGACAUGGAGCAUCUGCUCGCGCGGUCGAGGGACGAGGUCGUCGACGAGGCCGAGUGCCGGAUGGAAGACCGGUUCUUGUCGGCCAAGGAGGAGUUGAGGGAGGCGGUCGAGGAGGAGUGCGAGAAUGCAGAGGGGAGGAUAAAGGAGCUGUUGAGCAAUGGGGCUGCGGGGGUGUACUUUGAGUUUCCAAAGUAG